AUCUGUUAAAGCUUGUAUGUAAUUUUAGUUCAUUUUAAAACUAUAAUAAAAAUUAAACAAUUGAAUUUUUUGUGUCAAAUUUAUUUGGCCCUUACUUAAAAAUGCUUUGCUUUACUAUUAUCAAGUUUUUUUUGGAUUUGUUCUUUUUAUAAAAUAAGGUGGCAAAUGAGCAAGCGGCCACCUGAAUCCACCAAAAUGUAAAGCGACUGCUGCCCAUAAACAUCCACAAUUGCAGAUGCGUAGUCUACCUUUACUUGACGGAGGAAGAAACACACAUAAAAAGGACAUUUCCCCUUUCUAUGCGUCUCCUCCAUUAUUUUGUAAUUAAUUUUAAGACUGCCGUUUAUUUAAUCCUGUAAUUAUUAAAGCUCUUGUAUAAAAUGUUUUAGCAAGCUGCAUUAAAAAGGUUAAAACAACAAACCUUUUUGAUUUUACUACACUAUUCUUUUUUGUUUUAUUUUAAUUUGUGACAGCCAAUUGUUUUAAAAAAUUGUGACAUUACUAGGAUUCAUUUCAAUCUUAUAUUGUGAAAAAUAGAGCCAACAAGAUGUCUACAUGUGUGAAGCCUUCAGCGGUUAUAUGUCCACCACGGGACUGCCCUCCUCCACCACUAAAGCCUCCCUGUCUGGUGAAGCCUGUAAUGCGAGGGUUGCACUGGGCUCAGACAAAACGUAUACUGACUCAAGCUAUAUUGCUCUCGAUUUUAAGUGGUGCAUCAGUAUAUUUCUUUAUUGGUUUGCCGAGGAGACAAAAGUAUCGUGAAUUCUAUGAGAAAGGAGAAUUCCAAGACUGGGCAGAUGAAAUGGCUCGCAAGGGAUUAUUUCAAUCAGUACCCAUACCAGCACAGAAAUAACAUUGCAUAAAUGUAUAAAAUGGUUUUAUUUAGGAACUUAGUUGUAUUGCAAAUUUGUCAAGCUAUGAUAAAACUACAGACUUUUUUCUUCAAUAAAACCAUGAAGUUAUAAUAUUCAAAUUUAUUUUUAUUAUCGCCAAGAAAACAGGAAGUGAAUCGUGUCCUCACGUUUCAUGGUGAGAACCAAUCGAAAUUGUUCAUAUUUUUACAAGAAUAUGAAGAUUAUGAUAAGCACCAAUCAGGUUUAGUCAUCAGUCGAGCAUGAAUUUUCCAUGAUGGAACUUUGUAAAGGCGUACUAAUUAAGUUAAAAAUAAAUAAAUUCAGAAGUUAGGGUGACCAUUAAUUCUGUAUAAUUUUAGUAUCUCUUAAUUUGACUUAGUUAAAUUAAAACUAAUUUUUUUGCUUGUUGCGAAUGAUGAUAUUUUUGGUUUGUUAAAUGGACUACAUUCAAAGUAUACCACGUAUGUUGUCUACAUCGAGUCAAUGCGCAUGUCAAGCUGAAAAUUGCAAAUGGCGGCCGUUGUUAUUGUUCGUACCGAAUAACUAUUUGUAAAAUAUAUACCAAUCUUUUUAGCGAUUUUACUACUGGACUGUUAUACUGAUGAGAUGCGUUAACUUCUUAUGAUUCGGCGCGAUACGUUUUAUGUACGAUUUUAUGUGUUUUGGGUGUUUUCUUUUAAUUCUAUGUGUGUCAUGCAAAUGGGGUAAGCUGGAAUUAUCGGAUGUCGCUUAGGUUGUUUUGGACAGUUUCAAUAGGAAUAUGGAGUGAAGUUUUGUGACCUAAAGUGUGGAAAUGGAAAAUGCCUAAACUGAUUUGUACAUAGCGACAUCAUUGAAUAUCGGCAGAGGACGAGAACGUCUACAAAUUACGAUUGUUCCAUGCCGUGAUUGCACUCCCCGUACAUUUCAAAAUGGCUGCUGCUCUUCACGAUAUAUGAGCUUUGCGUCACUGGAACAUAAAUCAGUGGUUUAGAUUCGUGUUGAAAUUCGCGUAUUUGUACGCUUGUGACUAUAUGUGAAAAAUCUAAAAUAAGUUGUGGACAGUGCCCCGGGAACACCUGGGGCGGAACAAUAGUGGCCAAUAUCAUAUGUUGCUGAAGUAGUGGACAGGACAAGUGCCCAUAGGACCGAUAUUGCCUUGCGUCCGGCGGAUUGUAAUGCUCAGCUUCAUUUUCCAGGAUGGUUUGGGACACGAGACAAUAGAAAUUUUGUGUUAUUGAGCGGAAUGUGACAUUGUAUGAUAGUCAUGGUUGUUAUGGUGUAUUGGCAACCAGAUGGCAAAGGUCUUAGGACUUCUCACCCCUAACACGAGCAUGGCAGCGGACAGCGAUGGGCUAGGCUCGGCGGGUGGGGGCGGGGGCGGGGGCUCGUGCGGCGUGGUGGUCACCUGCGAGGGAGACCUCCACGACCCGCGCUUCCCCGCGCGCCUGCGCCGCCUGCUACGGGAGUUGCGCGCGCUGCUCGCCGAGCCGCAUCCGCACACGCUCAAAGUUAAUAAGGUGGAACCUUGGAACUCUGUGCGCGUGACGCUGUCGGUGCCGCGUGCGGCUGCAGCGCGGCUGCGUGCGCUCGCGGCGGCCGGCGCGCCGCAGCUGCGUGCGCUCGGCAUACUCUCGGUGCAGUUGGAUGGCGACGCUGCGGUCUCGCUGCGGCUGCAGCACGGCGCAGAGCUCAGGAUCAACACCGAUAACACCGAUGAAGGCAACUCGUCAAGGCAAACAAACUCCGAGUUGCUGGCUGGACUGGGGGGUAUUGGGCGAUUGCUCUCGGAGGGGGAGGGCUCGUCAUCAUCAGAGACGCCCUCCUCCUCGGCAUCCACUCCCCGGGACAACUUCAAGUCGCCCAACACCGUCUGCCCGAUGGACGGCAAGAUACCGCAGAACAUUCCCACGCCGACCUCCGACCGCUGCGAGUUCCCCUUCGGCAGCAUGACCCAGGCCAGGGUCAUACAUCGGAAGGAGAAUACCUUAGGUCUAAGCGGUCCCGGUGUCCGUCCAGCGGCGGCGCUCGCGGGAGCGGAGCAGUUCCCGCGCCCUCCCACAAGGGUCACGCAGGAAGAUCUGCAAGCGUUGUUACCACCCCCCACCACAUCGAUGGACCAGAAAACGCAGUCGAGCUUCCAGGAGUUUCAAAGGUAUCAGCAGCAGUACAACGCGAGGCAGCGAGCGGCGUCAAGGGCGGCCUCGCAACCUGACUGGAAUGAACCCUAUCGGGACACGCUGGGUCUCUCCAUCCCCGACCUGCCUGAUAACUGCGACCUGGACCAGUUGCUACCUUCCCUGGGGGCAGAUCUCAACCUGGACGACACGGCUCUGUCGGCCAUCUCAGAUCUAGACGCCAACACCAAGCUGGAUCUACUAUACGAUCCCCAGCAGCAGGAUGGUCUCCCGAACACGAACGAUUCCAACCCGGACGCCUUGCUGCAGGAGAUCACCGGCGGCCAGUUCACGAGUACAAGUCUAAAUGGACCAUACAACUCAGAGUUACUACCCAGUACAAGUCAAACAGUUAAUGAUGUGCCUUCGAAAGUUUCGGAUAGUUUUGAAAGUGUUAAUGAGUCGAGUUUCAUGCCACCCCCGCCUGUUCCCCAGCAGUCGACCUCCAAGUUUUCAAGUCCACAUCAUAAUUCAUCCCCUAACCAUGCGAUGGCGAGUCCGAACCCGCCAUUUAAAUCUCCCCCGAAUGCCACAUACUCCAUGUCUCCGAAUAAUAUAAAUAAUGACAGAAUCAAUGCAAGCCAAUCCUCUAUGCCUCCACCAAUGAGACUGCCGGUGAGAGCGACUUCUUCAGUGGCCACGGCGACUGUUGGAUCGCAAGCGACCGCUCAGGAAAUAGAAGAACAGAGCAAACAGUACCUCAUCAAAACCCUCAUGAGGGAUGAUGAUGUCCCACCACCUAAAGAACAGGAAAAGAAGGUAGAAGAAGUGGCAGUCGUUCAAUGCAAACUUAAAGAAAAUUCUUUAGACUCACCGGAGAUUUUUGGAAUAGCGAAAAUCACAGAGGAUGAUAGUAAAAAAGAGGAUGACUUGAAAACUAAGAAUAAAAUUAUCAAGAAGGAUAAAGAUGAUAAGCUGCUGGCGCAAAAAGGAGGAAAGCCAAGAACAGGGGGGGCGAAAGAGAAACCGGCUACGUUGAAAGAGAAAAUAGUGCGAGAUGGAAAGUCUACCAAAGUUGCCUUACCGCGGCCUCAUGUCGCAAAACCAGCGCCCGUUAGCGACACACCUAAGUCACCGACGGGCGAGAAGGUCGACCCCUUUUCUUUAAAACUACGGUUAAAGUUAAAAGAUAAAAAUGAACCAGUAGUUCAGCCUGUGUACAAAGCUGAUAUCAGCUUUGUCAACCUGCAGUCUCAGAAAGAGGCUCUAACAAAACCGACGGAGGGUGAACUGAGAGUGCCACCGCUACAUAUCAGUCUAAGAGGUCGCAAUUCAGCAGUUAUUAAAAACUCCAAGAAAGAAAAGAAAAAAUUUAACCCAGGAGAUAUACAUAUGAAGAAAAUUAAAAUUAGAAAAUCAAUAGAUUCAGAUGAGAAGUCCCAUAGGCGGGACUCUGAAGAGUCUCUUGCGAGUAAAUCUAGUGACGGCACAGAGAUCAUAAAGACUGAUGAAUAUUUACAUGGCAAGAACACCAAACUUAACAAUCACUUUUCUGAAGGUGAGACCAUCACCUCGAUCCCUGGCGACCUUAACGUCGUCUACAGAAUGAAGACUAUAUCAAAAAAUUCUCACAUCGUCACCAAACACGACUGCAAACUACUCAACAAUAAAACACAAUUAGACAGUUUAAAAAUGAAAAAGAAAUCAAAGUUCUUAGGCGAGAGCGGGAAAGCGAUAGAGAAAGAAAGGGACAAAGAUUGUAGGAACGAUUUGUUAGAAAAGGAAGGGAAAUACGCCCAGAACGAGGGUUACAGAGAGACUCCGAACAACCAUGAGGUGAAAAAGAAGUUACCAACUCCAAAAUCAGAGAAGGAAGGUAGUGCAAAAUGUGAUAAUAAGUCCAGUGAAGUUAAGACUGUACAGUUGGACGGGUUUGAAAGUGUUAAAUGUGGUGCUAUUGAAGUGGACAGGGUUCAAUGUCACAAGGGUUUAGAGCGGACGCUUAGUGCGGACGAACUGACGGACGGUAAGUUCGAAUCGCACAGGGCAAGUGAUGACAACAAAUUAAAACGGACACUAACUGACAGUGCUAUUACCUCACCCAAUGGACUGAUAACUUCCGAAAAAAAGCGGAAGACUAGCCAUAGUUCCUGUCCAGGUAUGUACAGUUUGUUGAAGCUUUCUCCUGACAUUGACGAUUUGGGCGACAUCGAAGCGGAAUUAGCAAAAAUGCACGCGGACCACAUCAAUGGCGACGAUACGGUGAGGAGGCCGUCCGACGAGCUGUCACAGACCAAAGACGUGAAGAGGGAACCCACGCCGAUCCUCAGGGAUGACGAGAAGCAAAGCCAGAACAAUGAGAGGGUCGAAAGCAAGGACGAGAAAAUGGAAUUGAAGGUGGACGAUAUGAAACUCGAAUGCAGUGUUGCUCAAAAUAACGAAACUUGCAGUAAAGAUGAGUGUAUAUCGACCAAAAAGGAGAAAGGUCUGGAGGACUUUGACCACCUACCGAGCAGAAUGUCACCGCCCCUUUAUACGUAUUCCAAUCAGGAGAAAGUCUGUCCGAACGAAUCGAAAGAUGACAAAACAUUGUCAGAGAAUGGUGAAACAUGUACGGAUUCGAAAGAGAAAGAUUCUAAAUUAGAAAGGCUACCUCUCAAAGCUGAUUUUCCGGAUAAGAGUUUACUAGAGCAGUUGCUAAUAGAAAUUCCUACUCCAGAUUACGUCAACAAGAGACCGGAAUCCCCAUCACCUUCGGCGUUGGAACGAGUAGCGCGAAGUACGGUCCGGACGAGGUCGAGCAGCAAGAUGAACAGUCCUGCCGAUGGCCCGAAGACGCCGAGAUUGAGUCCCGGUCUCAACAAGCUGGACAGAUCGGAUUCACCCGCGUUACAGCCUAGGAAUUGUCUUCGUAGUGGAUCAGUAGAUAAAGUGAGUCCGCGUACUGUUAACUCAGUGCCCGCGCCUGCGAAACCACCACCCGGCGUGAAAAGAAAGAGAAGAGAAUCUGAGAGCUCGUGCGCCUCCACCAUAAGCUGCGAAGAGGGCUUGUCUCCGGCGGGAAGGCCGAAGAAGAAGCCGAGAAGACUCGAUCAGAAGCCUAUCAACGCAGCAGUCGCCGCGUGUGGCAAACUGAAGAAGGAAUCGGACAGUGAUAGUGAUGAACCUUUAAUAUGUAAAGUGAGGGGGAAAACGGGAAAAGGUCUGAAGCCGGUGGGGGUGAAGGUGGUGAAGACUGCUGAGGGUGUAGGCACGAGGCGCUCGGUGCGCCACGGCCCCGCGACAUAUGAUGCGGAGAAGGAAUUUGAAGAGAUGCGUAAGAAGGGUUUAUUCCAAUCCUGCUAA